AGGAGUGCCACAUAGGGCCGCGUGCGGGUCCCUGGCGCGGUGCUCCUCACCCUUAUCUGUGCCAGGACCCGUUUGGAAACACGGGUGGCCCGUCCUGAGCCAGUGCCCCUCACUCCCGACCCGACCCGACCCGCUGCCCCCAGGCCCAGCCCCGCGGUGUGCCUAGCGUGGGGGUCCCAAGCAGCCAACAGUCUGCAUUUCAGGAGUUUCCUGCCAACUUCUGGAUCAAGGCAUUGCAAGAGAAGAUCUAGCUCUUCCAGAUGAGAUUAGUGUGCUAGGCUCCAACCAGCUUGACUCUUGUUACAGGGGAGGUUGGGGAUAAUCUCCAACACAGGGUUGAUUUGAUGAUUGUUUUUUUCAGGGUCUUGUUACUGGACCUGACAAGAAUCAUGCCUCUCCCAGAGACCAUGUUUUGUGCCCAGCAGAUUAAAAUCCCACCUGAGCUCCCAGAUAUUUUGAAACAAUUUACUAAAGCUGCUAUAAGGACACAACCAUGUGAUGUUCUGCAGUGGUCAGCUGGGUAUUUCUCAGCUCUGUUGAAAGGAGAGCCCCUUCCUGUUAAGGACAGGGUUGAAAUGCCAGUAGCAACUCAGAAAACGGACACUGGACUGACACCAGGGCUCCUUAAAGUUUUGCACAAGCAGCUUUCUCCAAAGGGCCACGUGAGCAUGAAAGAACUAGAGAAAAAAUGGAAACAUCUCUGCUUGCCAGUGGAGCAGCUUAGAGCCCUUCUGCAACUGGACAGCUUUGGUGACGAGGUGGAAUGGAUGAAAAUUCUAGCACUUGGGUGCAGUGCGCUUGGUGGGUCCUUGCUGAGUUCUCUGAAGCAUGCCUGUGAAAUUCUAACAACUGAUCUCGAAGGUGGACCUGCUCGCGUUCCAUUUGAUACGUUUUCAUUUCUUUACACAUACCUGGCUAGUAUAGAUGGAGAGAUACCAGACAGCGAAGUUGACGCUUUCCUCAGCUCUAUUAAAGGAAGUGUGGCGCAUAAAGAAGGUCUGGUUGGACUGGCAGAUUUUUUCACUCCAACAAAGAAGUUAUAAGCAAAAGAUUACAAGAAUUUACCAGAGAAGAAAUAGCACCAAUGCACCAAUGCAGAGAAGAGCUAUAGUAAAGUGAUACCUUAUAUUAACACAAACCUGAAAAUACAGACUUUGCCUUACAAGUA